GUUCAGACAUACGAGAGAGGACCUACUUCGUCGUCCCAUUGGAGGGGCGGAGCGAAGCGUGCACGGUUGAUGGGAGAUCUCUUCGACAAAGCUUGCACUUCUCGACGACCCUGGUCACUUGGCAAGGUUUAAGAUACUGCCAAGGAUGCCAUAUAGAGCUUCAAUGUCAAGCAUUGCAAUAGUCUGGGUGAUGAUACACGAGAGCAGUGUCAUGCAAGAUGCUUGCUAGACAAGUGAAGCGGCUGCCUGCAGUGGCAUCCAUAUUCAAGAGCGGCGGCGUUCUAAUGUCGCCAUUUCAGCCUCGGUCGCGGAAGAGAUGGCUGCGUUGUAGGCAUCCACGAUAUUGUACAUAUCCAUUCCCUCUUUGCCAUGAUCGAUUAUCCGUCAGGAACAUAUGCGAGGCUAUCGUUUUGCGGUGUAGCUCGUCAUCUGUUUCUCCGAGCUGCGUGAAGGGCCGACGACAUGAAAGUAUGCCAAGCACGCCAAAGCCGGAUGCGGCUUCAUGCGCCCGGAAGACAAUUGCAGAUGAUCGACGCUGCAAAGACGGGAAGAUUCAUCAAGUGAGGGGGGAGAAAGCAGGGAAAGAAGGCGGAGUGAAUAGUAAAGUGUCAUUAACGAAAAAGACGUUGGUGGUGGGAAAGUCUCGUCUGCACUCCGCAACUUCUCCACGCGUGGCGAUGAUCAUGGCAUCUUUGAAGAAGAGGAGAAAAAAAAAGUGAAAUCUAGUGAUGAACUUUUGAUUGGCAUACGGCCGUCGGUCUUUCAUGUGAAUUUUGAAAAGAAAAUGUCUUU